AUGAACAGUGACGGCUUAGCUAAAGAACAGUCAUCAAGAAGCAGUAUACGUCAGGAGUCUGAUGACACUUUCAGAGACACUUCAAGCGUCUCUGGAUUCAGAACAUCGACUCCUUUUCCCGCUAUCUGGACGUUUUCGACACUAAGAUCCAAAUCAAAUCAACAAUCAUCACAAAAGCCCAACACAAACAAACUACUUCCUUCCACGAAGUCUACAUUUGCGGAAUCUGUGGUGACCACUCAUAAUCCUAAUUUGGUAACAUCAAGACUCUUUGUCACUACUACCAAAACAAAUGACCCCGACAAGAAAACUGCUCUAUUUUUAGACCUUUCCCAUAAAGAGCAACAAUCCUUCUUCCAUCCAACAACCUCAUCGCCAUCAUCGUUUUUAACUUCUUCCACAUCAAAAUCAACUUUACCAUUAUUGUCGACAAUCACAUCACUAAAAACGCAAUCAUCACCAACAUUGCCAAAAGCCAAACUGUCGUCUCCAUCUUUGUCUUCUUCUUCCAAUGAUAUCCAGAAAAUUGUCACCCCUUCUCCUUCUGUUCGUAGGACACCAAACACAAGUAUUUCCAUCCGGCAGAUCUCUUCAGUUUCAAACGGUAAAUCAGCGAAGAAGAAAAGUAUGCCCGAAACUACAUUGUCUAUCAGCACCAUCACUAUUACAGAUGAAUUAAUUUCAACGACUGAUUCUCUGAAACCAAAAUAUGACCAAACAAAAUCGCCACCGCCUCCUGAUUCUCUCGAUUACGAAGAACUCCUUGUAAAAUGUAAAGUAAAAUUGAAUACCGAUAUCAACGGAAGCGAUUUCAUAAACAAAAUUAAAAACGGUCUUGUGAACAGCUACUUGGAAGGUCGAAAGUUACUAAAGCAACGCAAGUCUGGCAGCACAAACAAAAGACGCAAACGAGAAGCGAUUACUUACGUGCUAGGGCAAAACAUUGGCACACAUGCUGUCCAUUAUGAUGAAACUGAAGGGAUCGAAGCUAAGCUCACCCGCCGGCCUCGAAGAGACAAGCUAGUUGAAAUCUACUUCCAAAUGCUAGAAUACGGAUCAGUCAUCGCCACCGACACUGCCAUUAAAGUCUUCUCACAGUUGCAGAUUACAGAGAUUAGCGUUAAUCUAAAAUAUCCAAUCUUUCACCAAAUCAAGGCUAUCAAACACGUGAUGUUCCAGUCUCAACAUCCACUUAAACCCUCAAUGACAAAUUGGUUGAUGGUGACAAUCGCUGCACCCUCAAUACCAGUCUUUUGCGUUAUUUGUAUUCUAUUAACGAGUUGGUACCGAAACCACAUUCGACUUCGACGGAAAGCGAUGGCUGAAAUCUCCCGUGGGAGCCAUUACGCAGAAUCGCUGGCUGACGUUGGCCUGGAGAUCGAUAUGGAAAAGGGCGAAAUUGUCAGUCGGGCCGGAUCCACCUCUGUGUUGUGGACAGAUAUUACAGCUGGCGACACCUUGGAGAGGAUGGGCAUGGCUGGCGAUUUUCCUAAUGCGGAUUGCGUGAGUUCGCGGAGCAACUCGUGGAAUGCUCGUGGUGAUCCACGAACAAGUGCGAACCCAGGCGGACGGGGCCUACGCCAAUCACCCGUCGCUAAGCAAUGCCAACGAAACGGAAAGUACGUGAAGAAAAAGAACAGUGUCAGCAGUUUCCAUUUUGAAAAUAAUUUGGAAGACGAAUGGCUGGGGUGCCUCCUCUCUACCGAUUACACUGACCCCGUGGAACCGAAGAAGGAAUGGCUACAACUACAGACAUUCCAAAAGUAUAGCCAGGCCAGCAAUGAACAGAACAGGACAGGUCUGUUUAACGCACUUUUGGAUUAA